AUGACAUGUAACUUUUGUGAAUGUAAAGGAUUUGUUGGUAAACGUUGUGAAAAGAAAGCAAAGUCAUGUCAAAAUUUUCUUGGUCAGUCUGAUGGCUGGUAUACAAUAUUUACAAAAGAAAACAAUGUGGCCAAAGUUUAUUGUCAGUUUGAUUCCGUGAAUAUUUGGACAUUGGUUAUGUCCUAUAGCUUUAAACUACGUGCUCAAUAUAGACUUCAACCAUAUUAUAAAAGUUUUUCUCGAAAUGAAAAGUAUGAAACAUGGAAAGAUCACAGACUUUCAUUUGAUGCAAUGAUGAGUAUAAAGGAUGACGGAAACACGUUAUGGCGUAUCACGUGCUCAUACGGUGACAAAGACUGGAAUAAAACAGAUUUGGUUGUUGCAACCCAUGAAAAUGCACCAAUUUUGAAGCUGAACAGGAAGGAGUUUGUUUGCCUACAUGUCAGUUUUAUCGAUAUCAAAGGCUACAACUGUACAAAUUGCAGAAUUCCUUUCUUGCAAAAUGACAAACAUAUUUUUCAUACAGGCAAUAUCCAUGGUUCAAUUAUAUGCAAUCUGAAGAAUUUCAAAUCAUCAGGCUGUAGCAAUAGUGAUGGUAAAAGAGGAGAAGAUAAUUUUGGAUAUUAUGUUUGCUAUAACACUACACAUCGUUGUGCAUCAUCAGAUAAUGCCACAACACAAUUAUGGUUUGGUGAACGCAUGAAUUUGAACUGA